AUGAAAACUUUACUUUUUGCAAUUUUACUUUUUGAGCAGAUUUUGGCGGGCAGCGAAAAAUGGAAGCGAGUUCCGAAUACAGAAAUUGAAGUCAUGGAUUUCGACGGUCUUUAUGGAAAGAGAAAGGCCUGUGGAAUUAAUCCUGUAAAGAAAACCCCUCCCUUAUUUGCCGGUGAAAUGCGCCAAGUUCAUUGUCACAUCUAUUUCUGUCGCCAGUCGGAUUUUGAAGAUAAGCUGGAAAAAUGGAAAUGCACGAGUUGUGCGGAAAAUACUCCUGAAUGCAAGGACUAUCAGCUCCGGCGUCAGCGCCGAAAUCUUUCCAACUCAUCCCAAGCCGAUGAUCCACGAGACCGCCGUCACAUCGCCCGUCGUUCGCGAAAACUAGAAUACCGUCGGAUGAAGCGUCUGGCGCUGAAAAAGAAACGCACUGAAGAGCGCGAUGCGAUAAAGCGAAAACGUGCCGAAGAACGGGCUGCGCGACGACGUCAGAAGAAAAUCCUACGGUCUGGCAAGAAAAAAUCAGCCACACAAGAAGCUUGA